UUCGAUAUCAUGGCGGAAGACGAAGACGGUAUUUCGGAUAAAAAAACUCCUGAAAAUUCGAAUAAUGCAGGUUCUUCGGAAGAUAAUCAACAAAAUGCUAUCAAGCCCGACUUAGGAAUAGAAGAAGCUAAAUAUGAUGUGAAAGAAAAUGGCGAUACAGAAUCUGUUGAGCCAAUAAGCUCAACCUCUAAAUCGACUGGUGCUGUGCGUAAGGAAGAAAACCCUUUUUCCUUUCGGCACUUCUUGAAGCGAGAUCUUUCCCUGCCAGGGAGCUCGACAUAUGAAAACACGGGCGCUAGACCGAAAGUUUAUGCGAAUACAGUGCAGCAUUCACCGACGAAAUUAGACAUUCACGUCGAUACCAGGCGCGAUAAACAACGUUCAAGUGAAACUCAAGCCAAAGAAAAACAAAGUGAUGGCAUUAGCCUUCGUAACAGUGACAAUACGUCUUCGAAUAGUUCCGUAGAGAUACCUUUUAGUGUAGUCGAUAAUUCUGAUUCUAAGCAUAAUCUGUACACGGAGAGUUCCGACGGUCCCUUUUUCCACAGGCCAAACUUAGCUUCGGAGCCAUUAGGCAUGCCUUCGUUACCUGACUUUGUUCAAGACCACAUAUUAGUGGAACAAGCGUAUUUGAACUCUAACGGUCCUAUAUCAGUUGACUUAGACAAUCUACCUGACUUUACGUUCAAUACUAAUUUCAAUGCUGGAUCAUCAUCGUCAUUGGGACGAAGGAAUAAAAGUGGAUAUGGAAAUAAUAGAGCUUAUGAUUACGAGUCUUACAUGGGCGUAGCGUCUACAUCUUCUGAUGCUGGUCCAUCGAGUCGUAACAUUCCUCUGGAUUUACCCACUGGUGCGGAGGCAGCUGGUCCAGUGCCUCUUGACCUCCCAGUGCACUUGAGUUUGGAUCUGACUGAGUCAGUGAACUCAGCAGACAGAAGAAAUGUGUCUCCAAGAAAUAGUUUUCCCUUGGAUCUCCCACCUAAUGCAGGUGCAGAAUCCAUGAGACUUCCAGAUUUCCUGCCCGUCCAUCCUGGUAGGACAUCUCCAGAACCUGAGCACCAAGACGAACAAUUACAACAGAUUAUAUCUGAAUUGGAGCGUACAAGGGCGGAGUUGUUCGCGGAGCGCAGUCGGCGCUCGCGUGCGGAGGAGGAAGCGCGGGCGGCGCGCGAGGCGGCGGCGCAGCUGCGCGUGGAGGCGGCGGCGGCGCGGGCGCGGCUCAACGACGCGCGCCGCGCUGACCGGGAGUUCGCGGGCCAGCUGGACGCCGCCGCGCACCGCGCGCAGGGGACCCUGCUCGACACUGCGGCUAGAGCGUCAGAAGCGGAGACAACGGUUUCAAAGUUAAAGAGUGAAAUAAAAAAAUUAAAGGAGGAGUUGAGUGCUUCACAAGCGGAAGCGCGAGCACUGCGCGCCACACAGGCGGGCGCCGCCGCCGACCUGCGCCGCGCCUCGCGGGUCGCCGAGACGUCGCUCAGGGAGCUGUUGUCUGGUUUGGAUCGGUUACGGUCUUUGAGCUCGACGCUGGACCCCACAUGAUACUAAACUAUCGAACUUUGUAAUCAUUUAUUACUCACACUGCUAUUUAUAAGAUAAUUUAAUAAUAUUAUUUAAC